ACCGGUGCAUCUAUGGGCAUUGGUGAAGCUAUCGCGCACGAGCUCGCCACCGCAGGAAGCCACCUAAUCCUGGUGUCGCGAUCUCAGGACAAACUAUCCGCUUUGGCCAAGACUCUCACCGACAAGCACAGCUCAAUCAAAGUUAUCGUCAAGGCCGCAGACAUUGGCGACUACGGCGCCGUCGACAAGGCCGUAGAGUCUGCCAUCGCCGAGCUCGGCCAGAUUGACAUACUCAUCAACAACGCUGGGCUUGCUCUUGGGGCCCCGGCGGCCUUCCAAGACCUCAAGAUCAACGACAUCGCCACCAUGAACAACACCAACAUCAACGGCCUCAUGUGGGUCACCCACGUCGUGCUCAACCGAUCCUUCAUGCCCCGCAAGGCCGGCACCAUCCUUAACAUCACCUCAGUCACCGGUCUGGAGGUGCCUCCGUUCUCCGGAGAGUCCGUGUACCACGCCAACAAAGCCUGCCAGGAGGGGUUCACGAACGCCCUACGCAACGAGCUCAGCCAGACUAACAUCAAGGUCCUGGCUCUGCGCCCCGGAUGCGUCGCAACCAACUUCCACUCUCUACGCGUGGGCCACGACAAGAAGAUGUACGAUUCAUUUUUCGAGGGUUUCGAGCCUCUGUUGUCCGAGAGCGUUGCCAAUGCCGCCAUCUACAUGCUCAGCCAACCUCCGAAUACCUCCAUCAAGGCUCUGGAUGUGGUUCCAACUGCCCAACGCUCGCUCAACGUCUUCGAUCGCACAUGGAAUGACCGCAACAAUGAUCGCUCAGCUAUCAACUCAGAUAACAGCUAG